AUGCUGCUUAGCAAGAAAACUGUAAAGAAGGUAACCACAGGGCAACAAGAUGAAACUUCUGCUGAUCCAUCAAGCGCUAAAAAAUCUGUAAGCAAGAAAACUGUAAAGAAGGUUCCUAUAGGAAAGACUGGUCAGAAGAAAGAUGCAGAUACAAACACUGGUGAAUCACAAAGUGAGAAAGAAGUUGAGUGUCAAGAACAUAAAAUGAAGGGUAAGAAAGAACCAGACGGAACUUCAGUUGAGCAAGAAACUGCGGCUAAAACUACUGGAAAGAAGAAAAUAAUUAAAAAGGUGCCUAAGAAAAAGGCUCCUGUGAUUGAAGAGAAGGGCACGAGUGCAGAUAGCAAGAAGGAUGAAAAGGGAGAUGCAAGUAUGGUAUUACAGAAAGUAAGUGAAGCAAAAAAUAUGAAUGAACGAGUUGGAGUUGCUGAUGAGCAGGUAGUUGAAGCCAACAAAUCCGGAAAGAAUUUAACCCAGAAAAAGGAGUCUAAAACAACUGCCGAGAAGCAAGAUGAUGGUGCUACUGAAAAAGAAAUCAAGGAUGGCAGGGAGGAUAAAAAGGAAGAGGCAAGAGUAGAUGAUAAGGAUCUCAAGGUUGACAAAGAUGUUGCUGGGAAUAAAAUGGAGGCUGGGGUCGCAAAGCAUAAAGAUCCGAAGAAGGAUAGUCAUGAGGGCAAAAGGGAAAGAGCGAAGGAUGAAAAAGAGAAACAAACCAAGGAUGGGAAGGAUGGACCUAAAAGAUAA